GGCCGCUUCUCCCUUAAUCCACAUCCCGUCCACCCCUCCGCCUUCUAUCUCACCUGUUUUUUUGUUUAAGCUGUCAGUCCCUCCGCCUUUUCAUAUUGCAUCCCUUCGGCCCCUACUCUUCUCUGUCUCAUCAUUUCUACAGUUUUUUUUUUUUUUUUGGGUGUUGCCUAAGCUCCAUCUUCAUCCUCGGCCUCGAUUUGCUUCUAGGGUUUCUUUCUACAUCGAUCUCUUCGGCUCUUUGGAAGAAAAAGCUAAUCAAACGAUCUCUAUGGAUUUGUGGAACAAGGAACUAUUCAAAUGGCUUUCUCGGUAGAGGAAGCUGGACCGCGAUCAUGGACGAGUCAAGCGGUCGACGCAGCACGAAUCUGUCGGAAUAGGCAUUAGAUGUCAUUUGGUUGGAACCGAUGACGAAUAGUUCUGAAGACAUUGCUGCAACACAAAGAGCACAGGAUUUUCAAUUUGGAUGGUUUAUAGAUCCCUUGGUCUUUGGGGACUACCCAAUUUCAAUGAGAACAAGGGUUAAAAACAGAUUGCCAAGAUUUACAGGUGAUGAGUCUGCUCUAAUUAAGAGGUCCUUAGAUUUUGUGGAAAUUAGUCACUAUACAACAUAUUAUGCGCAGAAAAGUUCUAUCGACAUAAUCGGCGAGUUACUCAAUGAUACCCUGGCGGAUUCAGGCGCCGCUACUCUAAGCUAAUUCAAUAUAGCUAUAUAUCGUACCUCGAGGAAUGAGAAGCCUGAUGAACUACAUCAAGCA